CCUAUUAGCUCUUUCCUCCCCUUCCUCCUCCACACCGAGACAGACAUCUGAGGCCGGAGCACCGAAACAGAGACAGCAGAGCCACUGACAGCAGAACCAGCAGAACCACUGACCAGCAUCAUGUCUCUCACGCAGGACCCUCACUACCAGAGUCUGGAGCGCUGGUUCAGAGAUCAGGCCGGCAGCCUCAGCAUGAGGGACAUGUUCCAGCAGGACCCGGACCGGUUCACCUCCUUCAGCACCACGCUGCAGACGGACGAUGGAGAGAUCCUGCUCGACUACUCCAAGAACCUCAUCAACCAGGAAGUGAUGGACAUGCUGAUCGCCCUGGCGAAGUCCCGGGGCGUGGAGGAGGCCAGAGAGAGGAUGUUCUCCGGAGAGAAGAUCAACUUUACCGAGGGUCGUGCUGUUCUCCAUGUCGCUCUUCGUAAUCGCUCCAACACACCAAUCCAGGUGGAUGGUAAAGACGUGAUGCCGGAGGUCAACCGCGUUCUGGACAAGAUGAAGGCCUUCUGUCUCAGAGUCCGCAGCGGCGAGUGGAAAGGCUUCAGCGGGAAAAACAUCACGGACGUUGUGAACAUCGGAAUCGGAGGAUCUGACCUGGGCCCUCUGAUGGUGACGGAGGCUCUGAAGCCCUACUCGGCAGGGGGGCCAAAAGUCUGGUUCGUCUCUAACAUCGAUGGGACUCACAUGGCGAAGACCCUCAAUCAGCUGAACGCAGAAACAACGCUGUUCAUCAUCGCCUCCAAGACGUUCACCACUCAGGAGACAAUCACUAACGCAGAGUCAGCCAGGGAUUGGUUCCUGAAGACAGCCAAUGACAAAUCUGCGGUGGCCAAACACUUUGUGGCUCUGUCCACCAACGCUGUCAAAGUGAAGGACUUUGGGAUCGACACGGCCAACAUGUUCGAGUUCUGGGACUGGGUGGGAGGUCGUUACUCUCUGUGGUCGGCCAUCGGUCUGUCCAUCGCUCUGCACAUAGGUUUUGAAAACUUUGAGCAGCUCCUCUCCGGAGCUCACUGGAUGGAUCAGCACUUCCAGAGCGCCCCGCUGCAGCAGAACGUCCCGGUGCUGCUCGCUCUGAUCGGUGUUUGGUACGUCAACUUCUUCAAGGCGGAGACACACGCCAUGCUGCCCUACGACCAGUACAUGCACCGCUUCGCUGCGUACUUCCAGCAGGGUGACAUGGAGUCUAAUGGGAAGUCCAUCACCAAAGAUGGCAUCCGUGUCAACUACCACACUGGGCCCAUUGUGUGGGGGGAGCCGGGGACCAACGGACAGCACGCCUUCUACCAGCUCAUACACCAGGGAACUCGUCUGAUUCCCGCUGACUUCCUCAUGCCUGCUCAGUCUCAGCAUCCAAUCAGAGACAACCUCCACCACAAGAUCCUGGCGGCUAACUUCCUGGCUCAGACGGAGGCUCUGAUGAAGGGGAAGACUGCGGAGGAGGCAGAGAAGGAGCUUCAGAAGGCGGGGGUGAAAGGAGACGCCCUGAGCAAACUGCUGCCUCACAAGGUUUUCGAGGGAAACAAGCCCAGUAACUCCCUGGUCUUCAAGAAGCUGAGCCCGUUCAUCCUGGGCGUGCUGAUCGCGAUGUACGAGCACAAGAUCUUCGUGCAGGGCGUGAUCUGGGACAUCAACAGCUACGACCAGUGGGGCGUGGAGCUCGGGAAGCAGCUGGCCAAGCAGAUCGAGCCGGAGCUGCAGGACGCCGCUGACGUCCAGACGCAUGACUCCUCCACCAACGGACUCAUCAACUUCCUGAAGAAGAACUUCAACUGAACCCUGCUCUCCCAUUGGCUGCCAGUAUACAACCCUGCUCUCCCAUUUGCUGUCAUUGUAGAACCGUCCCUCUUUGGAUUCCUGCUCUCUCAUUGGCUCACAGCAAACAUUCCUCCUCUCUCAUUGGCUCACAGCAAACAUUCCUCCUCUCUCAUUGGCUCACAGCAAACAUUCCUCCUCUCUCAUUGGCUCACAGCAAGCAUUCCUCCUCAUUGGCUCCCUCUGUCUACACCACCUUUCUCAUUUGCUCUCACGUGUAGUCCUCCACUCUCUUUGGCUCCCUCUGUGGACUCCUCCCCUCUCAUUGGCUCCCUCUGUGGACUCCUCCCCUCUCAUUGGCUCCCUCUGUGGACUCCUCCCCUCUCAUUGGCUCCCUCUGUGGACUCCUCCCCUCUCAUUGGCUGGCUGUGUGUAGGCUGUUUGAUCAGAUAGAUUUCACUGAUGACACUUUAACUGUCAGCUCUGACUUUCAAAAUAAAAGUCCUGUCACUGA